CACUCCCUGCUCCUACUCGCUCGGCUGCUGCUGAGGUGGGAGGCAAAGUCCUGGUUUGGAGAUUGGGCUCGUGCAGUACCAACAGAAAAAGAGAUCCCGAUGGGUUCUUGGAAUGCUUUUCUCUUCUCCCCUUUUCUUCUGUGGAGUCAAAGUAGAGGGGUGAGGUUGAUGUUCUUAUUAUUGACCCUGCAUUUGGGAAACUGUGUUGAUAAAGCAGAUGACGAAGAUGAUGAGGAUUUAACAGUGAACAAAACAUGGGUCUUGGCACCAAAAAUUCAUGAAGGAGAUAUCACACAAAUUCUCAACUCAUUGCUUCAGGGCUAUGACAAUAAACUUCGUCCAGACAUAGGAGUGAGGCCCACAGUAAUAGAAACUGAUGUUUAUGUAAACAGCAUUGGACCAGUUGACCCCAUAAAUAUGGAGUACACAAUAGAUAUAAUUUUUGCCCAAACCUGGUUCGACAGUCGUUUGAGGUUCAAUAGUACCAUGAAGGUGCUCAUGCUUAACAGUAACAUGGUUGGAAAAAUUUGGAUUCCUGACACUUUUUUCAGAAACUCAAGAAAAUCAGAUGCACACUGGAUAACAACUCCUAAUCGCCUGCUGCGAAUUUGGAAUGAUGGACGAGUUCUAUAUACUCUCAGAUUGACAAUUAACGCAGAAUGUUAUCUUCAGCUUCAUAACUUUCCUAUGGAUGAACAUUCUUGUCCACUGGAAUUUUCAAGUUAUGGAUAUCCUAAAAAUGAAAUUGAGUAUAAGUGGAAAAAGCCCUCUGUGGAAGUGGCUGAUCCUAAAUACUGGAGAUUAUAUCAGUUUGCCUUUGUAGGGUUACGGAACACAACUGAAAUCUCUCACACGAUCUCUGGGGAUUAUAUUAUCAUGACGAUUUUUUUUGACCUGAGCAGACGAAUGGGAUAUUUCACUAUUCAGACCUACAUUCCAUGCAUUCUUACAGUUGUUCUUUCUUGGGUGUCUUUUUGGAUCAAUAAAGAUGCAGUACCUGCGAGAACAUCACUGGGUAUCACUACAGUUUUGACUAUGACAACCCUGAGCACAAUUGCCAGGAAGUCUUUGCCUAAGGUUUCUUACGUGACUGCGAUGGAUCUCUUUGUUUCUGUGUGUUUCAUUUUUGUUUUUGCAGCCUUGAUGGAAUAUGGAACUUUGCAUUAUUUUACUAGCAACAAAAAAGGAAAGACUACUAGAGACAAGAAGUUAAAAAACAAGCCCUCGCUAUCCCCUGGUCUCCAUGCUGGGUCCACUCUGAUUCCAAUGAAUAGCAUUUCUCUGCCGCAAGGAGAAGAUGAUUAUGGGUAUCAGUGUUUGGAGGGAAAAGAUUGCGCCAGCUUCUUCUGCUGCUUUGAAGACUGCAGAACAGGAUCUUGGAGGGAAGGAAGGAUUCACAUACGCAUUGCCAAAAUUGACUCCUACUCGAGAAUAUUUUUUCCAACAGCUUUUGCACUGUUCAAUCUGGUUUACUGGGUUGGCUAUCUUUACUUAUAAAUUCUACUACUAAACAAAAAAUCAUAAGAUAUCUGACUAAAUCUGAUGUAAUCUGCUGUACUUCAGUAAUAUGAGGGUCAAAUUAAAAUGUGAAGAAUCCAAUGGUUAAAAUCUGAAUAGUAUUGUAACAAUUUUAAGACCUUCAUAGGUAAAUAAAAUAACCACUUUUAGUUUCAUUUACAUAAAUUUAUAGGAAACUGAUUAGAUGUCAGAUCCAGUAGGUUAAAAUAUUAUUAUAUGUAUUUUUAAUUUACAGAUGUCCUGUUAAGAUUUUGAAUGCCUCAUAAGUUAUAUGAUACAUAUUUUAAAGAUGAAAUACAUUUAAUAUGUAUUUUGUUUAACUAUAACUAUCAUUGUAAUGGAGGACUAAUGCCUAAUAUUUAAUAACUUUUUUUGCCUAGAAAAGUUGCUUACUUGAUUUUUUUUCUUGAUUUUUAUUUAUCUGCCCCAUUUGGGAUACACUUCGUUAAAAACAAAUCCAUGAUUUCCUUGGAUUUAUUUCCAAGAUGUUUUCAUUAUCCAGAAGACAUUAUUUUUUAAUUCUUAAAAACUAUUUAUUGUGAAUUGACAACUUAUAGUUGCAUAAAUUUAUGGAGUGGAAAGUUAUAUCAUGAUCUAUGAAUACAAUCUGAAAUAAUUAAAUCAAGCUAGUUGGGAAUUACAGAUGACUUAUGAAAUGGCCAGUUAGUAUCAAUCCUUUAAUCCAGUCCAUUUCCUGAUUCAAUAUUAAGCAGAACUUCAACAAUAUUUAGUUGAGGAUUUGCAAACUUGGAUGGAAACUACUAGCAUCCAUUUUUUGAAAAGCAAGGUGAAAAAAUUUCAGGAAAAAUGUUGCAUUUAUCCAUUUUAUUUUCUGUUUAAUGAUAUUUAUGAAGCAUGAAGAUGUUAACACUGAAAUGCUAAAAACUGCCCACACUAAAAUUAAAUGCAAAGGGAAAUGAUAAUUGUUUUUUUUAAGUGCUAAAAGAGUGUUUACAGUCCCUGAGUUAACAAGCAUUAGGGAAGAGUAGUUGCAUGUAUUCUUAAUGGUUAAAAAGUUAUUUAGCAAAUUAAGUUGCAAGUCAUAUUGAGGAUAUGCUCUUGAAUAUGUGGUGUUAACAUUUGUUAGACCUUAUGUACCUGGGAAACAGCUUUAGGUCUGUAUCACAAAUGACCUUUUCCUCCUCCUGAGUUCUGGGUACGGUUUCACAACUACAUUAUAAAAGGUUCUGUUCUCUUUUCUAGAAAAUGGGACAAGCCUCAAAAUCAUGUUAAAGGUGGAAUUUUUAGAGACAUUUUCAAUGAACAUUAGUGUGGCAGCUCUCUAUAUUUCUACUGACAGCAGCAGAAAAAGUGCUGAUAAGGUCUCAUUCUAUGUAAAGACUAUCAAUACUUGUCAACUAUCUCUAGUUAAGAAGGGAAUUAAAGUUAGGCUUCAAUGAUCAUAUUUGUUAGUCAUUUAGCAUAUCAAUUGCUUAUAUGAGCUCCAUAUACAUUCAAUACAACCUGAUUUUCUGGAGAAUUACCACAGUCUGCUUGAAGAUAAACUUUAAAAAAUGUUUAUAUUGCCAAGAGCAAAAUCAGAAUUAAGAGUUUUAUGAUUGAGGACUGAAAAGAGUUGAUGAUGAAGCUAUCACUUACAUAUUUGACACGUGAGUUUGUAAUGUGGGGUUCCUCCAUUUGGUCAGUGAGUGGGGCUCUGGCAUGAUUAUACUUAUGUUUUUGGAACAUAUAGGAUUUUUUCUUCUUAAUCAAAAUAUACUUCACUGGGUAUUACCUGGCUGAAUUUGAUUUUUUUUUUUUUUUUUUUUGCUUUGCUUUUCUACUCUGAGAAAAGUAGCAGGAACUGAACAUUAAUGAAAAUGUCCACUGAGACUGCCUUUUUUUUAAAUGGAAAGCCAGUUAAACUUUGGCUAUGUAUAUAUUCAUUUGUAGAUUAUUCAUGCAUUCAGGUUUAUAACAUUGAGUAUUGGCGGAUGUCCUAACGUGCACAUUCAUUUCAGGAUAAAUGAAAAAUAAAGUAUCCAUGAAGAAAUAAAAUACUUCAUUAAAUUUUUUAUGGCUAGUUCACAUGUUUUAAGCUACAGCUUGCUCAUUAUCAUGGGGCAGUUUUGACUUUGGGGCUCUUUCAAUUGUAUCUGAGCAUGACUACACUUUAAAGUACUUAAAACGCUUGAUAUAAAUAGCCUUCAUUUUCUCAUUGGUGUUUUAUUAACUAGACUUUAAAUGUUGACAAUAUUUAAAAGUGAGAAUAAAAUUGAUGAAAAUAUAAAAGAUGAUUUUCUAUUUACAUUCCUUGUAUAUAAAAAUAAAAAAGCCCUUUGUUUUCAAAGCUACUAUUAUUUUGAGCAGUUUUAUUUAAAUAUGCAGAUCAGAAAGUGAGGUAUACAAACUGAUUAUUUCUAAAAUUAAGAAUGAAAAUGUCAAAAUGCAUUUAGACCCUUUUUCAAGAAAUCAAAAGAACUUAUUUUCAAAUGGGAGGCAAUCCAGUUUUUGUUCCUUUCUUUUUCUAGGUAUUAAUUUUACCAUUUUGGGAAAUACCUUUUGAAAAAGUCUUUCUCUUUUUCCUGGUGGUUUAUGUCUAAAUUUAUUGGAUUUACCAGGACUUGUGUUCCCUGGAUGAAAAAAAGAAAAAGUUUUUAACACUUAUAGCAAAACAGUGGAUAAAACAGAUGAGAAAGAUAACUGAAGCAGAAAGAUUUAGUAGAAUCAUUUUAUAAAAAUGUAAAUUCAUGUAGAUCUAGCCUCUAAAUAUAUGACCAGGAUGCAAAAGUUCUGAAAAAGAAAUGCAAUUAGCACAUUUUUUUCCCCAUUUAGAUUUACAAUAACAUGGUAACUUUUUAUGUAUCCUUGAACUGCAUGGAUAAAAUUAGACUCACUUGAAAUUAAUUACUACAGUGUUGAGUUGUUUAUAAAAACAAUACUGGUACUUAGAGUUCUGAGAAUUCAGUAGGGAAAGGGAACAUUUCCCCCAGGAAGUUUAACUAAAUAUAAAGUUUUGAUAUAAACAAAAAUCAGACAAUUCUUUGAAUGCAUUUUCUUGUAAGUUAAAGAUAGAUUUCAUUAAGAUGUUUUUAAAAUGGAUCAAUUCUGGACAAAAGCACAGUAAAUAUGGGUAAAUAAGGAAGUGAUGAUCAGGAUUUUUUGCCUUUAGUGUGUUUCCAUAUUCAGGUAUCUAUGUAGUCAUAAAACAGACCAGAUCUUUCCUUAAGAACAAGGACAAAAUUGAGGACUGCUUUCUUGACAAUGACUAAAGAUCAAAAAGAAUAACUGGUAGUACUCUCACACCAAGGGGCCCAUAACUAUAAAGCUGAAAUUGUGUUUCAAGUCAAUGUAUUAUAACUGAAUGCAUUCUAUACUUUGAUUAUAUAGAAAAACUUUAAAUAGGAUGAUUUGUUUGAGCAAAAUUGAAACUAACAACUAGUAUUUCAAUAAACACAGCAAAUGAGUAAAUACAUGCAUUACAAUGAUCCAAUUUCCAUGUCAGUGCUUAUUCUCAGUCUUGUAAAGUUUGAUGGAGCAAGAAGUCACAUUCGCGAUUAUUUCAUUGGUCUCAGCACCAGGGUUAACGUGACCCAAUUGAUACUUUAAUGGUUUAGCAUUUGUCCCAUUAUAGACAUUGUGAAAAUUAUCUCUGACCAAGUAUGUUGUUUGAAGUCAUCAAAUUUAUUCAGCUUCUCAGUGUCGUGGUAUAUGAAGGUCACCUCUAAUUGGUACUGUUUCUGUUGACCAUUCUUUGUCUUCUACUGCUAGGAAGGGUUUAUCAUGCCACUAUGAAGUUGCGAAAACUAUUAACAAGUCUUUAUUAAAUAAAUUCCUAAUGGACUUUCCAAACACCAUUGACCACAUUUAAACAUAAGGUUGGCUCUGAUUUUCUGUGCUUGCAUUUUGAAAGUAAAGUAAUCCAAUUUAAAUAUUUAUGUAGCACUCUAUAUAAAGUAAUGUUCUUUGUAAUUUAAAAACAUAAAGAUGAACUCUCAAGGUACAGAGAGUCAAAUAAACAAAAAGAUUAGUUAUACAAUUCAAGGAAAGGAGGACAACAUUGAGAAGAUUUCAUGGAUAUAUGUUUAGAGAUGAGAAACAGGGGAUUCGAUAUGUUAAUAGGUGAGGAAAACAGAGAUCACAAAUUCCAGGUGAGAGGAUAACUUGGAUAAAGAAACAGAAUCAUAGGCACAAAAAAUUUCAUUUUAAUUGGUGGUUAAGAUUCAUAUAGAGCCAUUCGAAGGGCUGAAAAUACAGUCCUUUUCCUAUGGUAGAGAAGCAAGAAUACAUACUUCAGGAGAUGAGAUAUUAUAAAUUCAUAAAAAGUACACAAAGAUACUGGAAUACAAAAGAGCCAUUAUUAAAACUGAAGAACCUUCAUCUUAUUGGUGCAUGAUCUUGGGAGUAAGAAAAAUAAGGAAGUUAAGUAUAGAAGCUGAGGGGAUGAAGAUUAGUACUUGGGGCUGGGGUUGUGGCUCAGUGGUAGAGUGCUCCCCUAGCAUGCACAAGGCCCUGGGUUCGAUCCUCAGCACAAAAUAAAAUAAAGGUAUUGUGUCCACCUAAAACUAAUAAAAAAAAAAAAAAGAAAGAAAGAAAGAAAAGAAAAAUUGAAAAAAAAGAUUAGUACUCAAAGACAGAAGUUUUCAGUGGAGAGAGGGAGAGAUUGCCUUUCUUAAGAAAGAAAAGUGACAGACAUUAGGCAUUGAUUCAUAAACAAUAUUAACCAAAAGACCUGGUGUGUGUGUGUGUGGGAAAUCCUUUCUUUAAUACUUAUCUGAGAGUAAAAGGACAUGAAAGCGCUACAAAGAAAUUCUGGUUGUGUUACAAUCUUGUUUCCUAUUGCAUUUUAAUCCAGUGAUUAUAUUUUAAGAAUCUAUGUUUUUUUCCUGAAGUGUAAAUCAUGGAUGAUCUGUCCAGAUUAAUAUUUUCAUUAAAUCUGUUCCUUAUUGAAAGGUUUUUCUCUUAACUAGUCUCUUGUUUUCUAGCCACGACACACACAUAUACACACCAUAUAUAUAUCAUAUAUACCUAUAUGUUUUGAUGGACAAGGAGAGGAAGAGAAGAGAAGCAUGAAUAUAAAUAAGCCACUGUGAUACCAGGCAAAUUCAGGAAAUUGAUUUCUGAUCCUCAAACAAUUUCUGAAAUAUUUGACUUAAUAAAUAAAUGAAUUUUUUAUUGUUAGACAAUGAAAUGUACCUGGACCCUUUGACUCUGAGUAGUACAUACUGUGAUAACUGAAAUGUAGCCAAGCAAAAAGGGAUAAUGAACAGACUUUUAGGAUAUUAUUGACUUAAAUGGAAAUAUUUUCAAUUUCAAUAAAUUGCUGUAAUAACGGCUAUUUGCAUCCAUUAAGUGUAUGUAGUUACUUCACAUAAUAAAAUUUUACGGUUUGUGAUGAAAAUGGCUUCUACUUUAGUUCUGCUUCAUGAUUUUGAGAAGCAUUUGUAAGUGUGUGGCAAAAAUAUUUCAAUUUUUUCAAGUGUUCUGUACAUUCAUGAUCCUAAAUACAAACUAAACUAGUAACUUGUUGUGAAAUAAAGA